GCAGGAGUCGCUGUCGCCAACCUGUUGAAACGAAGUAACAACCUCUGAGACGGGCUGUUGAAAAUUUGACAGAGUUUGGCUCUUUAAAAGAAGGAGAAAUGUUACCAGGCUUCCACUGAGUUGUGGUGAGGUCAGCAGAAAGUGAAGCCUUAGAGAAGAAAGACCAGGUAGCGAGGAUGAAGCGAAUCCUGGAGGACUUUGUACAGCUGACAAGGACUGUAGGACAGGCUGAGCGUGACCUGGAAGGUCGCAUCGACUCCGAAUUCAGUACAAUUCGUUCCCAGACUUUGGCACUGAAAAAUAACAAAGAUCUUACCGCAGAAAUAGGAGGCAUCAAGGGGAAUGUUAAGAAGAACCGGUACAAAGACAUCUUGCCAUAUGACCAAACACGUGUCAGCCUCUCCCUGCUGUCUGAUAAAGGCUGCUCAGACUAUAUCAAUGCCAACUUCAUCAAGGGUGCAAUUAAUGGCAAAUAUUACAUUGCCACUCAGGGGCCCCUUAACCAUACAGUGGAAGAUUUCUGGAGAAUGGUUUGGCAGUACAAAGUGAAGAUAAUUAUGAUGGCUUGCAAAGAAAUAGAGCUUGGAAAGAAAAAAUGUGAACAGUACUGGGCAAACUACAGAGAAACUUCAACAUUUGGACUCUUUGCAGUAAAAAAUGAAGAUGAAUCUAUAAUUAGUGAUGAGGUGGUGGUCAGGACACUGUCUGUCCAGUUCCAAGGAGGCAUUCUGACAGUUCUCCAUUUUCAGUAUAAGGCCUGGCCAGAUCAUGGCAUUCCUGACUCUCCAGAUGGCAUCUUAAACAUGAUAGAAAAAAUUCAUGAUCGUCAAGGAAGCGAUUUGACUCCAAUAAUUGUACAUUGCAGUGCUGGCUGUGGAAGAACUGGAGUUAUAUGUACUGUAGAUUACAUCUAUGAUCUGCUGAAGGCAAAGCAAAUAAAUGAUACCUUCAGCAUCUUGGACAUUGUAUGGGAGAUGAGGCAACAACGACCAUCAAUUGUUCAGACUAAGGAGCAGUAUGGGUUUGUUUAUCACACUGUGGCUCAGUUGUUCCAGAAUGCCUUGGAUUCUGGAAUUCUUGUCUGUGAUAAUUUCAGUGAGAGGCUGUCCCCACUUUAUGAUAACACUGAGACCCUAACAACACAGACGCCACCUAAGCCUGCCACAAGGAAGAAGAGUUUAGAUAUUUGCAGAAAACCAAUAAAAUCCUCAGUGGAACAACGUUCUUCUGCACCUUUUACGAACAAUAUGAAUGAGACAUAUGCUGUGGUUAACAAAAAUAAAUUACGUCAGCCUCUGGACAAUGUUACAUCUGCCACCAGUGCGCUGGUCCCUUCUUCUUCUAGUCACCAUUAUGACAAUGAAGACAAAAUGAACAAGAAUAGCAGCCCGAAUAUAGAAGCCCUUUAUAGUGCUGUGAAGCCAAAAAACAAACCACAUUCUGGCAGCAAUGCAUCAAAACCCAGUAGCCCUUCAGAUCAGCUUUAUCCUGUGUUCCACAAAGGAGAAAAUGAGAGGAUUUCAAAUCUCACAUCUCCAAGUCCACAGAAUCACGAGCAAGCAGGAACUGACCUUUCUAGAAGAGUCGUCAGACAAAAUGUUUAUGAUAACCCUUUGAACCUUCAGAGCUCUGAGGGUGUUGACAUUUCAGGGAAGAAAAAACUUGGUAAUCCCAAGACUAUGAAUGAUGAGGAUUAUGAAUAUGUGUCUGACCCUUUCCAAAGUAUGGCUGGUCAAUUUGCAGACAAAGGAAUGGGCUUUAAUUGCCGCAUCAGGAAACCCAAAGGCCCUCGUGAUCCUCCCUCAGAGUGGAAUACCAUUGAGAGGUAGGACCACCACUGCCUGCUGGAGCCAGGGGAGUGCUCGCUUCUACCAAAUUCUAACGCAAGUCUAAGAUCAAGUGGCUAGCAACUCACCUGUCAAAGAAGUUUACUUGUGAAGUCACGAAGAACCCAUGUACAGCACUUGGCAUUCAGAGAUGUCCUAACGCAACAUUGUUGUUAUCAUUAUUUUCUCUUAAAGGGAAUAUGGAUUCUUCAGAAUGAAUGAAAUGAGUUUCUUUGUUAUUUAACUGCAGGGGCAUUUGUAAAUGAAGACAAAUACAAUUGUGGAGGUGAUUGUAAUAUCUUUGUCAUAAGUUAUUAACAUUGUUGUGCUCUUAGGUUUGUGAAAUUUUAUGUGCUUCCUGUAAGUGCAACUAAUAAGACCAUGUGCAUUAUCACUGUUAUCUGUAAGGUUAUAGUCAAGAAAAUAAAUGAACAAGAGUGGACAGCCCAGAGCUGUUACUUUCCAAACUGGCUAACAGUUCAUUUUGAGAAUACAGCCUUCAGUAGAUGUCUGCAAAGUCUAAGCGACCCUUGGAUAUUCUGAGAUUUUUACAAUUCUAGCAAGCCCAUCCCAGUCCUAAAAAAUGAAAGGCAAAUUUAAUCCUGGAAGACUGCAGUAACUACAGGAUGUAAUUGGGUUCAGACUCUUAAUGGGUGGCCAGUUCAAGUUUGUAAAAGAGCGGCUCAUUACUGUAAGUAGCUGUCUCGUUCAUUGAUUUCUACAUGCAGUUGCUGGUUGUCCCAGUGUUUGUCUUGUAAGGUAGUUUAUUUUUGUUUAGUAUGUAACAUGAUGGGAUGACCCCAGUCUUCUUUGUUUGAGGAUUGUCACUCAUUUCUGUCUAAAGAAAAUUGUGAACAACAAGUCAAAGUUCUGACUGGUCAUGCACUCUAUUUAGGAGCACCAGAGUACACUGCUGUUCUUACUUGUUGGUUGUCAUUAAGAACUGACCGCUUUUGCCCUAUCAGUGAGUCCACACUGUAAACUGAAAAUGCUGAAUAGAGCAUCAGUGACAGCUGAAAACAAUGCAAACAUCUGAAUUGCUUUCACAAAUGAUACAUCGCCAUCCUUACCAAUUACAAAAAGAUGAAAAAGUGGAAGUUAAUUAAAUUUGCUUAAAUUAUAUGAUUAAAAAAAGAUCAGACAUAUAAAGAUGCAUGCAUUAUGGCCCUCCAAACCUGAAGUUGUCCACUCACUUAGUUUAAUGACCCCCUCAUCUUCUUUUCUGACACUGCAGUGACAUUCCCUAAUUAAACAGCAUGCCUGUCAGUCUCCAUUGACCGCAGUGCAGAUUACUGACAUGUAAAGUAAAUGAUGCUACUUAAGGCGUGUGAGGCCUUUGUUUUUGGCCUUUUGUGUCGAUGCUCAGUUACUUUAACACCCAGCCACACUUGCCUUUUUAAAUAAGCAGGUGAACCUUGUGGUUGACUUACCUUUGCACUUGAACUAAUUAAUUUGUAAUAAUUCAUUUUUCUAUUUAUGCAUUCAUUUCUCUAAAUAAUACAUACAAUUAAUGGAUAAACCUCUUUUUAGUAAAUGAAGGACAAUUUUCGAAUAAGUAAGACUUUCUCAGUAAGACAUUUAUCAUGUUGUAUCAGGAAAAUGUUGAGAGCAUGUAAUGUCGAAUAGAGUGUUCUUUGCUGUGUUAGGCCAACUAUUUAACAUGCAAUCUGUUAAGUCUGUAUUCUAAAUUAGAAAGAAAACAAAUCCAGAAUGAAAACACAGGAAAUGAUACUAGCUGUGGUGCCCACAACAUUUACUUAUAUAGCACAUUUCAUACAAAAAAUGUAGCUUAAAGUGCUUUACAUAAAGAAUAGAAAAAUAA